AUGGAUGGAGACCACUCAAAGAAGGUCGAGAACCGGAUGGUGCGACAUUUUCUCAAUCUUCCUGGCUUGUACCGUCACACUGACCGCGAUGAAGAAAAACCCAUUUGCUGGAGAUGUCGGAUUGGUGGCCGAAACUGCCUCCGGCCUCACAAUUCUGAGGUCCACCCCGCGCGUCCAAGACGGACCACGACUUACGAGAACGCAUUUCAAAGAGCGUCACCUGGUACUAGUGGCCCGGCGCAGUUACCAAUCCUGAACGACGUGCGGGACAAUGUUGAUCCCUCUCCCGUAGUGGCUGCUCCUCCUGCGCAGAGCGUCAGCAGCUCACCUGAUUCGGGAUCAACAGGUAUACCAAUACAGUCCUUAGCAGCAACUACUCCAUCAACAGUUGUUCCAAGUGUCACCGUGCCCACGUCGCUCGCUGAACGGACCGCUCCGCCCGGAGAGGCCGACCUAGCUGCGUCGGCCCCCUUCGAUGUUCAGACCCUGCAAGGAAUCCAACUUUAUCUCGACCAUAGCGACAUCAAGGCUGCUUCGCCCACUGCACAUGGCUCCAUACCCCCGUUCACCGUAUCCGCAGAAGAAGAAACUUUGCUCCAGCACUAUGCGCGCCGUCUGGCAAAAUGGGUGCGGUCCUCUGACGCCGAUCGACACUUCACUAUCACGGUGCCACAUCUUGCACGUCGCUCUCCAAUCCUUCUGAAGGCGGUCUCGGCUUUGGCAGCGCGGCAUCUUUGCCGCUUGGGAAGCUGUGAUUCCGCUAUUGCGGAGGAUUAUCACAAACAGUGCAUCGGGUUGCUGAUACCCGCGCUGGGUGAUCCUAACGCUGCGACUGAUGAUACCCUACUCGCAGCCUUGGUCCUGCUAAGACUGUACGAGCAUCUGAAUGUGUCCGACAGCGGUCGGGAUUACGAGCACCAUCUCAUAGGCGUAUCGGCGAUGGUCACCUCCACGAUCCGCAAUCCCUGGGCCGCUUCAGGCUCAGGGCUGAAAUGGGCGGCAUUUUGGUGUUGUUUUCGACAAUCCAUCUACCCCGCCUGUGUCUACCGGCAACCGCUGAAGUUCGACAUCUCCGGCUACAACAUCGAAGUCAGAUUGUCAUCCCCGGCUGCUGGCGUCUUGCCGACGGUAGAGGAGGAGUCAGAAUGGUGCCACUGGAUAACAUGGAUUCUGGGCCAGGUCGCUGAUUUCUGCUUUGGAACGAGGUCGCUUGAGAUGACGGCGACUGAGGAGGAAGAGGCAUGGAAUGGAUUGGUGCAGGCGGUAGACAUGUGGGAGGCCAAUAAACCGAAGAGUUUUCUACCGGUAGCGUGUAAUGAUCGGGAACUGGAACAAGGGAGAUGGUUCCCCGAGAUAUGGUUCGGAAGCGAAUGGCACGCAAUGGCUGCGGCGCAGUCCUUGGCCGCGCGAAUCCUGCUCGAUGUUCACCAUCCGCAGACACGGAAGAUUACCAUUGGAGAAUUCGGUUUUCUUAGGGCAAGACAGCAACUUGAGAGAAAGGUCCUUUUGCAUGCCAGGUCGCUUUGCGGAAUUUGUCUCACAGACCCAACCAACGUUGCGGCUAUUUUCACCAUGUGUCAUGCGAUUUUUACCUUUUCCUCGUUUAUCAAUGUCGAUGAAGAAAGGCGACUGUUGGUUCGAGUCCUGAGAACCGUAGAGAGGGAUGAAGGCUGGCCUACGACAUGGAUUGUGAAUGCGCUGAAGGUGGACUGGGAUGUUGACUGGGUGGACGAGUAA